AAAGGGGGCGACCGCGCCAGCGUAAAAUGCAAGUAAAACACGCAACCAAAAACGCGUAUAAGGAGAUCUACAAAUUUUCAGAUAUUACGGAGAAACACUUAAAUUUCACUUAGGGAGAAGGCCUGCUGUAAGUCGUUUCGACCCACCGCAUGCGUCAAGCAGAGAUAUGCCCUCUGCUGUUCGUGACGUACGUGGGGAGGCAUAUUUUGUAAGCAGACACAGUUGAAUACCCAAUACAUAUACGAAAAGUGCACUUCGGCACCAUUUAAAGGGCCCGAUGUACGAAUACGGCGAAACAUUUCAGAGCUCUUAAAUAUCAAUGAAAUAGCAUGUGCCGCUAGAUGACAAGCCCGCUUAGAUAUCACCUUGCUACUUCUAUGUUCCGCCGGCACUCAAAUGGUGCUCAUAUUCCUGUCUAUACAACGGAGCAUGACGAUUGUAUUACAAUUAUUACUUCAUAUUUUUCUGCAUCCCCGUGAAACGGAAUGUGCGACACUUACUGGGCGAGAAAGCGUGGUAUUUCCAAAGUUAUUAGAAAGUCGGAGCGACAAUGGAGCUAAGGUGCUGAGAAUUAACGAAGAUCUUACAUUGACCCUAGAAAAGAGUUCUGUUUUAAGCAAGAACUUUCUCCUCAGAACUUACGAAGAUCGCAUCAUGAAGCACACUUAUCAUGAUGGCGAAGUGCUAGAAGAAGACCUGUACCAUGACCUUCGUACUUUCUCUUCUGUUAUGGUAUCUGAAGACAAUGGACUCGAAGUGGAAGGUAUUAUCGGACCAGGACUACGAAUAAGACCAUUGAGAGGAGGGACGAGAAAUGGGGAAGGACGUACUCCCCACGUUCUUUACGAAAAUAGUGAUGGUUCCAUUCAAACCGGCGUGAAUGAUGGCGUCGGAGGGGCUAGGUACUUGAACAUUUCCCAACGCGACGAUAAACGUGAUGAAAGUGACAAUAAUGCGCGUGUAGAGUUACUGGUGGCCGUAGACAGCACAUUUCGACGACAAUUCACAAGUGUUAAAACAUUGCUGAAGUACCUCACCAUUACCCUGAAUUCGGCGAAUGUGAGGUACACGACAGUGAGAAAUCCCAGCGUAAGACUCAAGCUUUACGCAGUGGAAGUACUCGAGGAAUACACGGAACACUUUCUGUACCGUGUAGACAGUUACGUCGCUGCUCUUCGGAGCCUGGAAUCCUUCAGGGAUUAUGUGCAGCAAAAUCCUGACAAGUAUGGCUUAUACGAUGCAGUAUACCUGAUCACCGGACUCGACAUGGCACGAUACACCGGAAACGGCUGGGAUAGGGAACUUCAGGGCAUCGCAUAUGUGGGAGGUGCCUGCACGUUUCGAAAAGUCGGCAUGGGUGAAGACAAAGUGGGAACGUUCUUCGGAGUGCGAAUAUUUACCCACGAAGUGGGACAUUUGUUGGGGUGCCCACACGAUGGCCAGCAUUAUGGUACGUAUUCAUCCACGGGUUGUCCCUGGCACGACGGCUUUAUUAUGAGUUACAAAGUUGCGGACAGCCGAAGCAUGAAGUUCUCUCGAUGCUGCAAUGACAUGAUCAGGCUGCAUGUAAGUUCGCAACAAGGUACUUGUUUGCGGAGAAAAGGCACGAAUCGCAGAAUUAAAAAGACCAACUUCACAAAAGGGUUACCUGGAGAAUAUUUAACCAGAAAAGGUCUCUGCAAAUCAUCCUUCCCCGAAGUUCAGGAGACGUACCUGAUGGAGGGUGGAGAGAACAGUCGGUGCUACGGGCGCUGCUACAUUCCAGAACACAUUUAUCGUGUCGGAUUCAAAAUGACGGUCUUCCCUGACAACUUCCCGUGCAGCGCAAAUAAUGGCAUAAACCUGAGGUACUUGGGAGUUACUGAUCCAAAAGUCAAGCACAAACUUGUCGGACUGGAGGUUACAACGAGUGAACAAGAAUGGUUUCUACGGAGAGUGACCCGGGAUCCAAGAUACGUUCACGCUCAAGGCACCCUUGCCUCUUUCCAAACUUACGUAACUCAAAAUCGUGAGCUCUACAGUAACGCUGACGCUGUCUUCCUGUUAACAGGACAAGACUUGGCAACGAUAAAGAAUUAUGAAGUAAACAAUCGCAGUGGUGGUUAUGCGUAUAUUAGGACUGUCUGCAGUGAACAUAAAGUAGGGGUUGGAGAAGACCGACCACCUACAUUCAAGGGUGUUCAUGUAAUGGCCCACGAAAUUGGACAUAUCCUGGGUUGCCUGCACGACGGUGAAGAUUCCCCUUUUGGAAAUCAAGACAUCCCUGGCUCUCGGGAGUGCCCUUUCGAACACGGGUACCUGAUGAGUUAUAUACGGAAAGACAGUAACACUUACAAGUUUUCUCCGUGCAGCAUCGAACAGAUUAGAGAGACAGCACGGUCCCAAAGUGGGUCCUGUCUCUACGUCGUAAACAAUGUUCGAACGCCGCUGAAAAGGUACAAAUAUCUCCCCGGACAAAUGAUGACCAGGACCCAGCAGUGUCAGAAUGCUUUUCCAACUGUGAAGAAUGUAGAGUUCAUAACAGAAAUGGGAGUGAAAGACUGCACCAUUAGAUGUGGAACUGCAGGCAAAAAACGAGAUUCAGAACCCAAGCUUCUUCACUUGAGUGAUGGAACACCUUGUAAAACAAAGCAUGGCAAGACAUACAACUGCAUCAAUGGCUUAUGCUUGAAAAAGAAGAAGUCAUAUGGAUACGAAGCAGUGCCCUGAGGCUGUAGGAAACAGGAGAGUGCGCGUCGGUUUGUAAAUUAAAGGGCAGUGUCCAUGUUCUCCUUGUGAACCAUGGGCAUCUCUGUUCAUUGCGUCACAGUAGGAUAAGUAGCGUUGUGAAAAAACGCGUCAGCACCAGGAAAACGCGAUCUCGAGGAACGUCACAUUGGUUCUACAAAUUGGAAAUCUCAAUCACGAUUUUUAGGUACAGCGAUCGCAUUAUCCUACAAGCUGCCAAGGUUGUUUCUUUAAACUUUUUUUGCAAACCGGAAGCUCCGUUGUCAGCCGAAAGGUUGUGCCGAAAUGUAUAGAGAUGUUGAUAUUAUAUGCCUAAGAAAACUUUUUAAAAGCAAUUGGGAAUGCAAGACAGAUGACUAUACAGCCUGUAAGGGUGUUCAGUAAGUCUAAAGAAUAUAUUCUUCAUUUAUAGCGGGCCGCACCUGGGGGCUUCUAAAAUUUAGUAACUUGUUCAUAUAUUAUGGUUUUUUAUUAUAUUUUAGAAAGCUGUUUGCUUAAACCUGGCGUGUUGAAUUCUAGGCCGACAAACAGCCCCUUAUUAAAAAAGUUUCCUAAGAA